UGCUUCUGAUCUGUAUUACGAGGUCGAUCCAUUGAACCUACGCAAGGUUUCCAUCCUACACGUCGCCAUUGUUCCAUAAGACUCGAAACGAAUUAUCCUUCGGUAUGGCGCCUGAUAAUACCCCGUUCAGCUUAAGUGAAAGACCCGAGACCCUCAAGAAGACCAAGAAGACCAACAAAGAACGGAGUAAACGCUGUCGGGCUGAAUGUAAUAAAACAGAAGAGUGCAGAAGAGUCUUGCUGGCUGAGACCAUCGGACGGUCAUUAUGUCACGGCCAUGCUCGCCUCACAAAGGGCGUCAACCAUAUGUCUCACGACCAGUUUGAGCACCAUGAGCCCCCUGUGAAAAUGUCUCCAUCAGCCUGGCUGUCAGUUCCCAGUCACACCGGUCGUUCCAGUGGUAGCACACGCAGUAGCACGAGCAUAUCCGACGAUACCCUUUCUGCUAGGUCCUAUGACACCUUGCCCACCGGCUCUAGCUGCAUCAGCGAAGAGGAUGCGCAUAGCCAACGAAACAGCUCCAUCAACGCCAGCCGAAAAUCCCUCCCCUAUAAACGCAUCGUCAGCUUGGACGGACUGGUCCUCCUUGAAGACGUGGAACGACUGGCAACUCAAUAUGGCCAAGCUUCACAUAUGGGGCUGCUUGACCCCAGCUACAACGUCUUCGUGAAUGGAGAUCGCACCGGGGGCUUAUGCUUCAAGGUUCUGAACAAGGUCGCGAUAGUGAUGGGCGAUCCUAUGUGCGACCCAGCGCAGAUAUCUACCGUUCUUGAUGAGUUCAAUUGUUACCGACGUCGACAACGCUGGGAUGUCUCACUCCUGGGUGCCGGCGAAAUGCUUGUGCGCUACGCCAAAGCACGUAACAAGAAAUGGACCGUCUUGCAGUUUGGUAAAGAGCGUGUCUUGAACCCUCUGACAAACGAGGUUAUCCAUGAGACCAAUGGGAAACGUAUCCUCACCCAGAAUCGACAGCUCCUCAAUGCAAGCAAAGGCGGCAUUACCUUGCACAUUUAUUCACCGUCCCUGGAGACAGACUACGAGUUGGAGAUGGAGUUGUGCGCAAUCUACGAUGAGUGGCGCAUGGCCCGCAACAAGUCGGGAAACUUCAAGCCUUCAUCACAGAACGGAAAGGUGAACGGUUUCGCAGCCCUACGAUGGAUCGGUGGCAAGAAUGGAUAUCACGUCGAUCCGUGCAUCGCCGCCCCUGGAGCGCCAAAAGGAAUCAGCGAUUUGUUAAUAUUUGCCUCAAUGGCUUGGCUGAGGCAGAUUGGCGUCUCAUACCUUAGUUUCGGGUAUGAGCCUUCUGACUCGUUGGCAGAGGUAUCAGGAAUGCCUGGUCCUCUCGCACAUCUAACGCGGCAAAUAUACCGAUAUACAUUCCAAAGACUCCCAAUCGGCGGAAAGAAGACCUAUUUUGGCAAGUUCAAGCCGGAUGAGGAGCAGGAUUCUCCUUUGUAUCUGAUUUUUCCGUCGAAGAUCCCGGAACCGCGACAUGUUAUCGCUAUGGCUCAUGUUGCCAACAUCAGCAUCCGCAGACUGUUAUUCGAUCACCGUUCCAAGCCUUCGGUCCCGCAAUGAUUUGUACUGUCCCUGCAAAAGUCCUUUCUAACAAUGCGUAAUUGUUCUAGGACCCUUACUCUCUUUUGACUCUUUUUUCUUGAUUUUGGGUAUACACUCUUUC